AUUACGAUCAUAUACUCAUUCGUAUUAUUUAUCAUUUUGUAUUCAAAGCUCUCUAUUUAGGUUAUUCAUCAACAUCAAUAAUAUCCGAUUUAUUUCCUAUAUUGAUUCGUCCAUCGUUGAUUUGAUAUUGCUUGAUUCCCAUUCAAUUCCAUAUUCAUAAACUAGAUAAUUUCUUGUUAAAACAAUUGGCGCCGUCUGUGGGAAAUUCUUGCAAAAGGAGAAUCAAUUAUGGCCGAAAGUUCUAACUCCCUGUUUAACGAGAUUCAAGCACAACUAGAAGCCGUCCGAGAAGAGCUCCGCGCAUCCAAAAGUUCCAACGUAGCACAAUUAGAAGCUGUCCGGGAGGAAAUGCGUCAACGAAUCGCCUUCCUCCAAGGUGAAAAUGACGCUUUGAGAUCUCAGGUGCAAUCGGUGGCAUCCAUAGCCUCAAGCUCACGACGGGGCGAGGAUGUGGCUACCAUGGCAACGGGACUGGACAUGGGUUCGAUUCCGGCUUCAAUUGAACCUUUCAUCCCUCACUUCGGGGCCGACACAUCUGGAGGAGCAGGGGCCUCAUCUCGUUCCUUUCCACCCCCAAAUCCCAGAAGGAACAUAUUCCGAAAUCUGUUUGCACAGCCCCAGAGACAACAUGUUCCAAAUCAUGUCGACAUUCCCAGAUAUAUGUCGACAUCAAAAACCAGAGGCGACAAGUUUCAAGCCAUGUCGACAUCCCUAGACAUGACGACAUCAAUAAUCAAAGCUGUCAAGAGCCAGAGGUCGUCACCAUAUAUUCGCCUCCCGAAGCAACGGAUCCGCAGAUACAAACAAACUUGACAGAUCCCUUGGCCGUCAUCAUGGAGGAACUGAGGGAAUUGCGAGAGAAGUUCAACAACAUACCUGGAGUCCCACGUCCGCUUGACAUGGCGACGCAAACUUGUUACGCAGACUCACCCUUCGGACGACAUAUCACCGAUGUCGAGAUUCCGAGGAAGUUCGCCGCCCCCUCAAUGAGACUGUUUGAUGGGACUUCUGAUCCGGUGGAACAUGUCGCUCAGUACAAACAACAAAUGUUGGCCGUCUCGGUCAGACCACAUCAGAGAGAAGCUUGCAUGUGCCGGGCAUUUGGGACAACGUUGACAGGACCAGCGUUGACAUGGUUCGUCAAUCUGCCGAACGACAGCAUCAAUUCAUUUGCGGAGCUGGUCAACUUAUUCAAUCAGCAGUUUGCAAGUAGCCGAGCCUUGGAGAAGCAGACUAGUGACCUCUACCGAGUAGUCCAGCGACGGAAUGAACCCUUAAGGGAUUACUUGCACCGAUUCAACAAGGAGAAGGUGUCAAUCCCCAGGUGUCACAUACCGACGACAAUUGAAGCAUUUAGAAGGGGACUGCUGGAGGAUUCAGAGUUAUAUCAGGAGUUGACGAAACACCCUAGUCGGUCCUUCGAAGAUGUCCAAGUA